AUGCAAACAGUCCUCUCUCUAAUAGUAGUAUCGUUUAUUUUUAUUCCCUUAUGCUUAGCUCUUAUUAGAGAAGAUGAAAUCUAUCUUACCUUUGAAGUGCCGUCUGGAAAGACGGAAUGCUUCUAUGUGCCAAUUUUGAAACCGGAAUAUAGAGCUUUGGAAUUUAGCUACUCGGUAUCGCGAGGAAAUAGGGAUAUCUCGCUUACUAUUCGUGAUCCAAGGGAUGUAGAAGUUGUUGCAGAUGAGAGGACUAAGCAUCAUUUCCAUCGCAUAGUUAUUGCCGAUUCUGACAGUUCGAAAGGGGACUAUUCUGUUUGCCUGGAUAACUCCUUUAGCUAUGAUAGCAAAGCGGUCAGCAUAUCUUUGCAUUUACUGGAUGCGAAAGGAGAUUACGUGAGAAACAUGUCAGAUUUAAAAGCCGACGAACAAAUGAAGAUCACUGUUGAUGUGUUUGAGGCUUCUACGAAUCGUUUGAUGACUAAUAUCGAUGCAGCUGACAGACAGUUAGUGCAAAUACGAGUUGUUAGCAAUAUAGACCGCUCAAUUGCCGAGCAAAAUUUCGAGAGAGUGAAUUGGUACGGGACUUUGAACACAUGCAUAAUUCUCAUAGCAGCUGUGACGCAGGACCGCUCAAUUGCCGAGCAAAAUUUCGAGAGAGUGAAUUGGUACGGGACUUUGAACACAUGCAUAAUUCUCAUAGCAGCUGUGACGCAGGUUUUGCUCAUUCGAAGUUUACUCACUGAAGAUUCAAGAGUUGGCAAAUUACUUCGCCACGGAAGAAAGUGA